UCCGCAGGCCGCCCCUCCGGCACGCGCCUGCCGAGGUAUAAUGUCCCGGCGAGCGCGUGCGUAAAACCGGCUGUCUCCCCCACCUCUUUUCCUGGAGGGAAGCGACGAAGUAAUGGAUUAAAGGAUGCGCCUCCUUCCCGAUUAAUGGAAAAUCGGCGGCUGCUGCUUCUGCUGCCGCCAGGUGGGAAAGAAGGUGGCGGAGGAGCGAUUGUCGCCGCCCUCCGAAAGUCCUUGGUUGGAAAAGUGGGUCUCUUCAACCGCUGCACCAGCAGCAGCGAUGGCGACCGAUAUUACUCCUGAAGCAAUUGGGUUCCUCUCUGCUGUUGGGGUCUUUAUAGUUAUCCUUGCAGUCCUCUCCCUCUUCAUCAACAAGAAGCUCUGUUUUGAAAAGAUUGGAGGUCUUCCCUGCCUGGAGCAACAAGGGAAGCACAAGCACUACAAAGAAAAAUCUGGGGUUCGGGAGGGGCUUGCUCAAAGAGCAUUGAAUCUGAUACACUGGCAAAGAGGAACAGCUGGAAUUUAUGACCAUCACAGGUUUUGCUCAUUAAAUAUAAAAAGUAUGGCUUCAGAGGAUGUCCUAAGCUUCUUCCAGCCAUUUUCCUCCUGGAUAUCUCGAGUCUAUGAGGCUUUACAGCAAGCAGGAGAAUCCUUAUCUUCUUCUUUGAAUAAUCUGGGAAGCAAACCAGAUCAAAAUGGAUUUGAUGGGAAAGAUGAGGAUUUAGAAGACAGUGAUGGGCUUUAUGAACGCUACUCUAUAGGUUCUGAUGAUGACAGUACUUCAAGUCAGGAGAGUGAGGAAUCUCAUCAUUCUUCAUCAUCCUGUCAAGAUCUUGCUUCACCUGAAUCAUCAGAUCUUGAUUUGUAUUGGCCUGAGCAGAAAAGAACCAUCCCUGACUCCUCAGAGGAGUGCCUUGAGGAUUCCUCCCUUGGAGUCUACCAAAGUUACAAGAGUUAUCAAGCUAUGGAAACUCUCCCCACUAUCCCUGAGGAGGAGGAACAUCUCCACUCCAAGCAAAUUAAGAGUCUUUCAUGUAGCUGGGAUGUGAGCAGUUAUGGGGAUGAUGAAGAUCUGACAACAUCCUCAGACAGUGAUGAAGAGGUGAUUAAACAGUUUGAGAUCUCAGUUUCUCGUUCACAAAGCUUUCGAUCAGGAGUUUCGGAAAAAGGAAUCCAAGCAGGUUUGGAGCACAGGCCAAAAUUUAACUGCUUGUUGUCAAAUCAUGAAGAAUACAGUACUGAGGCCUCUGAAAGUGAAGAUGGGUUUAGCCACCUGAGUUACCAGGACAACCUGUCUUCUCAUGAAGAUGACCUUCUAUCCAUCAGUUCAAGAGUGGCGGUGGAGAGCAGGGGCUCUGGACAGCCAAAAGACUCUGAGGUGGAUGUUAGUGCAACACCCAGCCUCAGCCGACAAGAAACUGAAGGGAGUCUGGAAAUGGAAACAGCUUUCAGCAAUCAAGGGUUUGAAGGGAAUGAGGAAACUGACAGCUCAUUGGCUUGGAGUCCAGAGGAACAUGAAGAAGCAGGUGUCAUUCCAGCUCACACUAGUGCCUAUGAGCCAAUUUCAAGAUGUGGUGACUUAGAUGUCAUUUUUGAUUACAAACUAUCAAGCCAGAAAUUGGUUGUGACUAUUGUUGAAGCUAAAGAUAUCCCAGACAAGGACCGCAGUGGAGCAAGUACCUGGCAGGUACACACCGUCCUGAUGCCCAGCAAGAAACAGCGAGGAAAGACAAGUGUCCAGAAAGGCCCCAACCCAAUGUUCAAGGACAAGGUGACCUUCACUAAGUUGGCACCUGAAAUGCUGAGCAGCUUUGCCCUCCGGUUCCGCCUCUAUUCUGUGCGCAAAAUGAUGAAGGAGAGAAUGAUGGGUGAGCAGCUGUUUUAUCUUAGCCACCUCAACCAAGAGGGGGAAAUGAAGACCACACUGGUUCUGGAACCCAGGAGCAACUUAUGUAGUGGAGACUCCCAACUGAGUCUCUCGGCCAUCUCUCACAGUGACAGUGCUUCUUCAACCCAGUCUCUGUCACAUGGAGGAGUUCCAGAAUUGCUGGUAGGACUAUCCUACAAUGCUACAACAGGCAGAUUGUCAGUUGAGAUGAUCAAAGGCAGCCACUUCCGGAACCUUGCCAUUAACAGACCACCAGAUACUUAUGGGAAACUCUGCCUUCUGAACUCUGUUGGUCAAGAAAUGUCUCGUUGCAAGACAUCUGUUCGACGAGGGCAGCCAAAUCCUAUCUACAAAGAGACAUUUAUCUUCCAAGUUGCCUUGUUCCAGCUCUCAGAUGUUACCCUAAUGAUCUCCAUUUACAAUCGCCGCAGUAUAAAGCGCAAAGAGAUGAUUGGCUGGAUUUCUAUGGGUCAGAACAGUAGUGGAGAAGAGGAGUUAAGUCAUUGGCAGGAGAUGAAGGAAUCUAAAACACAGCAAGUGUGCAGAUGGCAUAUGCUCCUGGAGUCUUAGUGGAAACCUCAACAGUUCCAAUAGGUGCAGGGCAUUCGUCUUCCCAGCAUUUGACAUAUAAAGGACUAUUGGUUUCUAUUAUAACUGGACUUCUGAUGCUCUUUACUAAUGGAAUUAUUCUGUUAGGUUAUUGUCCUUUUAUUUUUAGUUAUAGGAAAUUGCUUGAAGUGACAGGUAGGCAAAUUGGGUCAGAACUUUAUGCUCUCCCUUCACCCACCAAGAAUUGAGUGUUAAAUAUCAGCCCAGCAUCUUCACUGAUAAUGAGAUUUGCUCUUGGUCAUGUCUCUGUACAGCCAUAUUUGCUUGAGUGAGGUAUGUGCCUUUGUUGUGAGGAAAGGCUGCAGAAAUGAUCAUGAAGCAGUGAUCGUGAAAAUGGUAUACACUGGUAUCUCGGUACUCAUCGUUAAUUGGUUCUGGGAGGCACAAUGAGUACAAAAAAUGAUGACCACCAAACAAAUUCUUCCCAUAAGGAAUAAUGUAAAUACUGUAAAUGUAAUGCAUUCCCAAACCAAAAACAAGGCACAUUUUAAAGGCAAUAUGUAAAAAGACAGAGUUGUAUAUCAUUACUUUAUAUGAGAAAUAAACCUAACAAUUAAUAAACACUUAAAUAAAAUAAAAACUUCACUUUACCUGUACUGAUGAGGAAAAAAAGCUCGAAAAUACACAAAAUGACCACAAAAGCUAAGACAAGACUGCAAGGGGAUGUGCACAGGCCAAGAGCUUCUGCUUGACUAAAUGCAUCACCCUUUGUUUCACCUGGAAAGGGUAGCAAGUUGUGAGGCAAAUGACACCGACAAGUUCUAGCUUGUGUGUUGAGUACAAACAAAUCAUGAGUACUGGAACAAAAUUUUCGUGUCAAAAUGCACUGAGUAGCAAAUUGGAUGAGUUUCAAAGCUGUUGAGUACCAAGACACCACUGUAUUAGGACAGUUUUGUGAAAAGGUUUCAGGCCUAAUCCACUUCACAUAAGUGUAUUUGCCUCAGCCCUAAUUCUCUGACUGCAAUAAAUAAGAUGGAUUUUGAUUCCUGACAAAUAGUCACUUAAAUUUUUCUCUUUAUAAAUAUAGACUUCCCAAAGGCUUAGUUUGAACCAUGUGCACAUAUAUCCAGAAAAUAUCAGAUAUGUGUAUAUUAUCAUUAAUGCAACUUAAUCAUAAAAUGACAUUGAACUUGGAGUGUUCAGUGUCCUGCAUUUACUGUAUUUUUUUUCCAAGCUAGCUAUAUUUCAGCCUGGCUUCUGUGGCUUCCAACUCUCCAUGACAGCAACGAAAUAACAUGUAGAUGUGGGUUCCAUCUAUUCCUUUUAAUAUAUAAUGUUGUUUUCUCUGAGGAGCAACCAAACACUUGUCCUUUAUAUUAGGUUCUUAGGCAGGCAUGCAUUAUUACUCUUAUCACAAUGGAAGCCGUGGAUCCCCUUAGCAGGUCUAGUUCUAUGAGUGCUAAAAAAGAAAUUUAAGAGACUGGAUGCCUGCAGUAUUGACAGCAGCUUUCUUGAAUCUGGUGCCAUCUGAAUGUGCAGAACUUUAAUUAUGAUCUUAACUAGGAAGAAAUCUGAUCGGGAAAGGUUGGUUUUAGGAAAGUAUAGAGGUUCAGAGAUUCUUUGGAAAGAUGAUAAGACAGUGGUAAAAAAGACACCUUCCUUUGUUAUGCUGAAUUCCAGAGGAGACUCUGAAAUGUGCUCAUGUACCUUUUGACCAGUGAUCUCUCCUGAUAGUUGACUUCUCUGAAAGGCUACAUAGGAACCGCUACACAUGCAAAAAAAAAAAAAAAGUUUUGAGAAACACAUUGUUUUAAAUAACUUGUAAAUAAACUUCAAAACUAUCUUAGAAAUGGGCCAGAGAGUAAUAUGGUGCUGGUAAUGGGGACUUCCUUAUUUAAAACCUGACCACCACGGGAGACAAAACCUGUUACCGAACACUAAUUUACUAUAAUGCUUCCUGUCCUUCUAGUCAUCCCAUCCUGCCAGACACCAUUUAGGGUCCUGCUUAUUUUAUCUUUGUCAUUUGGGGAUCCACUUGGCACAUUUUGUGCUGCAAGGAUUUUGCAGCUGCUUAUUGUUUCUAUGUUAUAAGGAAGUUUAAAGGGCCCAUUUAAAUCUAAAAGGCAUUCUAGAAAAUAAAAAUUAUGGUUGGAGGCUGCUGCUUGGUUUGAUAGUAUAUCUUGUCGUAUUUUCCUGAAACUUUAUUUUAAUAUAUUUUAUAUUGUUCCCAUGUUUUAAAUAGUUGUUCUUAAAAUGUAAAAAAUGAAAUGGGACAGGGAGCCUGUGAGAUACCAAGGAAAGUGAAGUAUCUGCGUGUACUUCACCUUUAGGCACCAUGUCGGGAACACCAAAUUUAGGCUGUUGACUAUAUAUAAAGCCUUUUUGUCCAAGCUCCAAGCUCUUUUCUAAAGUGCUGGAGAUCUAAUUCAGGAUCUUGGAAAAAAUAUACAGUAUACUGCAGCUAACUGAUGACCUUUCCAUAGGAAUGUUCCUUUUAAGUUUUUAUGCAAACAUUUGUCAUUAGCUGAUUUCUCUAACAAGAACAAAAAUUAAAACAGGUUGAUUGGAAAACUGCAUAUCCAUGUAUGAGAAUAGAAGAAUCCCUUUCAAAAAGUAAUUAUACUGUGGAUUAUACUUCUAUUGCCUAAAAUUUUAGAAUGCUUCUUUGCUUCAGAAUUACUUUUCCUUAUAUGAAAAUGUGCAGAUGUUAUUGGCUGAAACUCAAAAAAAAUCAAUUACUUCUGAGAGAAGAGAGAUCAAGAUUUCUUGAUAAUGCAGAUGAGAUCAAGAAUCUAGUACUACAUGCUGCUCAUCUAUUUUUCUUUUUAAAAAUUUGUUUCUCCAAUAGAAAAAAAUAGCUUGCUACCACAGGGUUCAAAGAUGACAUCUCACCAAUAUGUCUCUUUUUUCAAGUUGCAUGCCAAAAAUUUAUAGGUUGCAUUUUUUUUCUUCCAGAAAUCACCAAGGGUCUGUCUGUGAGUAAUCUGUGAUGCACUCUGUUAAAUAGGAAAUAAUGUAUUCCAAAGCAACAGCAAGAAAUUCCUUUUUUAACAAUAGCAGAUAUAGCAUGUUAAGGCAGCCUUUCUUUUCCUGCAUUGUUCAAAAGGUUGCAUGAGAAGGUUCCUAUUUGGCAUCCAUCUCACGAAAACAGCUUGUGCAAUCCAUCUCUGAGGACCUCCUGUUUUAAUUGCCUGCCAGAUUCACCAGGGAGAGUGCCAAAGCCAGGGUGGAUGCAACAAAUAAUGAAGGGGGCUUCUGUUGGAACACAUUAUGAAGCCUUGCUAAUUUGUAAUGCCAAAAGCCCAUCUUUUCAUUCAGUGAUGGAUUUGUGUAAAAGCAGACAGGUCUGCAAUAAGAUUCUUCAAAAACAUCUCUCCAUAAUUUUGCCAUGCACGUGGAUCUAUAAUUAUUGAGGCCAUACAUGAUGGCUAUGUAUCACACUAAUUGAAUUCAGCUACAGUGAGUUGCAGAAAGCCAGACAACUGAGAUUUAUAAACCAUCAUUUAUGGCUUUAGGGUGAACUGAGCCAAUUAUGACCUAAGAAACCACGGACAAACACAGUGUUUGAAUAUGUAGCCAGUGAAAUGACUUGAGUCUGGAGGUGCCUAGGAAGUAACUUGGCCCAGGAACAGAAAUUACUUUAAAUUUUGUGCUAGGAAGAAACUGGGACAUAAUAGUGGCACUUGUAAAUCUUUUUUUUUUUUAAUUAGGAAGACAUCUGUUGAGGGUUCAAAAUGAGCAAGAGGAUGAUUGUGGCAUUGGGGUGGAAGCCCCAUCCUGUUUAUAUUUGCAUUGACAUUAGCAGAUACCUACAAAACAGGUAUGAUUUGCAUUAAGACAUCUGACUUACCAUCGUGCUCUUUUUAACCCACAGAAAGAUGCUGCUGAAUGCAGAAGAAAAUAAAUAGCAAGAAGUAGGGCAGAGAUGGAAAAUUUUGAAGAAAUCGCCAGACAGUUGAGUUACCUAAAAGCACAGGGGAAAAGUACACAUUUAAACUGCAUGGAACCACCUGACUGGCUACUCUCAGAAAACUAAGCAGAUUGAUUCCAGCUACUGCUUGUUUGACAGAACACUCCAGGAAAUUUCUGGGCUGCAGGUCAAACUAGAAAUUUUAAAAAAAAAUCUAGGAAAAAGGGGUUGGCAAACUGAUUUUUUUUUUUUUACCAAAAGUGCUGAUUCCUCCCACAAAGUCUCAAUUUAAGCACUACAUUAUUUUAAAAAUAAUGUUUAUGCUUCCACUGUUGGAUAAGCUCUCAAGAUUUAAAGGUUUUGCAAAUGAGUUUUGAGCAAAAAAAAAAAAAAAAAUCCCACAAAAAGGCAGGCAGAGACAGCACACCAUGGAGGUCUUAGAUUUCCAGAAUUGCAAACUAUAUUAAACAUAGUUCAUUGAGCUUAAUUCUGAGACUUGCAUACCAGUUACAGUGAAGAGCAGAAAAAUAGUUAAUGUCUUCUCAGAGAACCAGCAUGCCAUCUUGCCAUGGUAUUCUUACUCUAGAGAAAGAUUUGCCAGACAAUUAUAUAUCAGCCCUCCUUAUUUUGUGUGGUUUAAACGUUGAUUCCCAGAUUAAGAUCUUAUAAUCUAAGAGACCCUGUUCUGCAAGAAUUUUUUAACACAGAAAACAUGGCCACAUCAAAACCAGAUAACAAGCUCAUCUUUGUUCCUAAAUUCUGCAGUUCCUUAUAAACCCUUUUGCUGCUGCUUAGAGCAGCAGUUCUUUACAUACAGACUUAGGAGUAAGCCCCAUUUUUUCAACUCCUUACAAUCUGCUCCGGAGAACACCUGCAUAAGAUUUGCUGUACAUCUACUUCUGCCAUUGGGGACGGUCCAAAUAGAGGCAUUCUUUAGGUAUCAUAAUUCAUGUCUGUGCCAAAAAGGCUUUAGAUUUCAUACUCUUUCAAGAGCAAAUAUAUAGAAUAUUUUGAAAAUAGAUCUCCCCAAAUACUGAGUAUUCUUUCUAUAUGUAGACUAUGAAGGAUACAAUAGUGUAUUGAAAGUUGACAUAUAUUAAAUAAAUAUUGGAUCCCAUGCAAGUCUACAUUGUCUACCAUGCAAGGUGCUCCCUCAGGUAGAGUGAGAGUAAGGGGAUGUUGAAUACUUGCAAAGCCUUCAUGUUUUUGUUGAUUCCUGUGCAGAGUGGUCUAAGUAGAUCAUAUAUAUAGAUUCAACCUCUUCUCAUUCAAGUUUUUUUAAAAGAUUUGCUAAAGCACAGUACAGCUGAGCAGUGGAUUGGUAAGACUAGAAGCCUCAGUUAUUAAAAGAUCAUUUCUUUAGGAUUAAAAAAAAGCACAGUUUAUAGGCAAUAUUUACAUUUUAAAAAAACAAAACAAAAUGUACUUGUGUUCUGACAUAUACAAAUAUCCUUGAUUAAAUGUUAUAUUACUUUUUAUUGAUGAAAACUAAAUGUACAUUUGAUGUUUUUUCAAUUUUUUUGAUUUGUGAAAGAUGUAUCUAAAUGUGCAAUAUUAAUCUUAAAACAUUUCUGUUAAUUGUCUGGUGGAAAUGUCACUUUUUAUGUGUUAUACCAUUCACAAACCUUCAUAAAACACGGUGAAGUUCAGAAUUGCAAGAUGUUUUAGCCCUCUGAAUGUGGAGAUGGUGAUCUGUUCAGCGAGACUGUCAGACCAAUAUUUGUUCAAUGGGAGGAGAGCCUUGACUUCGGUCUGUUUACUCAUGUACACGUUGAACUAGACCAGGGGUAGGGAACCUUGGCUCUUUUAUGACUUGUGGACUUCAACUCUCAGAAUUCCUGAGUCAGCAUGGCUGGUUCAGGAAUUCUGGGUAUUGAAGUCCACAAGUCAUAAAAGAGCCAAGGUUCUCUACCCCUGAACUAGACAAUGUAGAAAAGAACAGAAACAAGCUCGCAGUCAAGCAAUACUGACUCUGAACUGGUAUCUGCAGCUUAAAAUUUUAUUCCAGUGGAUAGAAAAACUCUGCUGGAUAAUAAUGGGUGAUGAGUGACAAGACCACAAGAAGCCUUAUCGGUAUGUAGGUAUUUAUAGGACUUGUAUGGCUGCCUGUAUCAUAUAAUGACUCUAGGAAGCUCACAGUAUACUUCUGCAUAUCUUAAUCAUAUUAAUUUAUAUGCUGCCCAACUCCCAGCAAUUCUGGCUACAUUACAAUUGUUAAAAACCUUUAAAAAUAAAGAACAACACAAAGAGCACAAAAGUAGCACAAGACACAGGGACAACAAUAUCAAAGAAACUUGAAUGGGAAUAAAAAGAGAGGAAAGGAGUGUUGAUUGUCCUUGCCAAAGUGAAGAGUCAGGUCUUUAGAGUGCUUUGAAAUGGGGGGUGGUGUUUAAGCCUUGAGGGGGGACACCUCAUUUUAGAAGGCAGAUUCUGCUACAGAAAUGAUAACUCUUCUGUAGUCUUAAUAGAUGACAUUGCUUAAUUGAAAGAACACAGAAUGCAAAUAGUUUUUAAUUUUGUAAUCAAAGUCCUUAACAAAAAGUUACAUUAGAAAAAAAAACUGGUUUUCAUCUAAUGGAAAUUGUUAGGUAAAAAGAAGAGAAUUUUUCUAUUCAACACUAACCAAAUUACAAAUAUGGCCUUCAUUAGCUAUGCUUAAGUAAAAAACAAUGGUGUCCCCAAGAGGAAUGGCAAAAUGUGCACAUUUGUGGGUGUAUAAGAUUUAUGCAGUAUGUCACCCAUGUAUUUAAGGGGUGUGACACUGCACCUGUCAUGUUGCAGAUUGUGUAUUUCUCUUUCUCUGGAUGUAUGCUGCAUAAAGAAAAAAAAA